UGGAUGGAUGCCCUUCUGGAGGCGCGGAGGAGGGAGCCCCGCGGAGUGGAGGCGCUUGGCUGCUGGGCGAGGGGAGAAGCAGCCUGCCACUCUUGGGGCGUGUGUGGGGGUGUUGGCGUGCGUGCGGAGCGCGCCGGUGGGGGGGAUGGCCCUCCCAAAGCUGAUGCGAACAGAAACCGAAAUGAAAACCGGGCUGUUGGCUGCUCAGCCCGGAUCUGCCGCCGGAAGUGAGCAGAUGGGUGGCGGCGAAGGCUGGGAUCUCAACUGACGGCUGCUCUUCCUCCUCCUCCUCCUCCUCUUUUUAUUCAUUCGCCUAUUUAAUCGCCAUCACACUCCUCCUUACUUUCCUUCCCAAGCCGCUUGAGCAGCCCAAGGAUGGGAAAAGUUUGAAGACUCUUAUGUCCAAAGGAAUCUUACAGGUACAUCCUCCAAUCUGUGAUUGCCCUGGGUGUCGAAUUUCGUCUCCAGUGAAUCGGGGUCGCCUGGCCGAGAAGAGGACGAUCCCCUUGCCUCCCACCAGGACCCCGAAGAAAGAGCUGCCUUCUAUUUUCUCACACAGUGAGGACAGUGAGGAGAGUGACAAGGUCAACGGCCACCACCCUGAUGUUAAGCAAGAGGAGGAUCUGCACAUUCGUAUCAUGAAAAGAAGGAUACAUGCACACUGGGAUCUUAACAUCUCUUUCCGCGAGACCUCUUGCAGCCGGGACAACGACCUCACCUCCUUCAUCUCCAGCCUCCACCAGAGUCGCCCACUCGGGAUGCCAGAGACCCAGAGCCGCUGCGAGUUCAAGAGAAGCAGCUUAGAGGUCGGCUUGGGAGGCACAGAUGAAGUUUUAGGCAAAAGACGAGCCUGCUCACCAAACAGCAACAGUGACUGUCCCCUUGAAAGCAAGAAAUCCCGAAGUGAGUCCCCAAAAGAAAAUUCCCACACGCCCCUGCUGGAAGGGGCCGUCACACAGAUGACCCCAGAGGAGCAUUACAGGCGGAUGAUGUCGGCGCUGAACGAACACGGCACUUUUGAGGAACAGCAGCAGCAGCAACAGCAGCAACAGCAACAACAGCAGCAGCGCAUCUUCCAACUGGCAAACAGCAUGGCCGUUCCCAGCCACAGUGAUCUCCUCCGAGCAAGGCAAGAGGUGGCUGUGGCCGCAGCGACGCGCAACCCCGGCAGCAUGGAAGCCCACCUCCCCUCAGCCAGCAAUUCCUCCAGCCAGCGCAGGAAGCAGGGGCUUCCCCAGCAUCGGGACUCGCACUUCCCGGAGAGGGAGAUGUCCCACCCGCCGCCUCUCCUCUCGCCCCAGAACGCUCCUCACAUUGCCCUGGGCCCGCAUCUAAGACCUCCCUUCAUUGGGGUGCCUUCCGCCUUGUGCCAGACGCCAGGUUAUGGCUUUCUGCAGCCUGCUCAGGCUGAGAUGUUUGCACGGCAGCAGGAGAUGCUGAGGAAGCAGAACCUCGCCAGGCUUGAGAUGUCAGCUGAGAUCAUCCGCCAAAAGGAGCUGGAAAACCUCCAUCGCCAGAGGCUCCUGGCAGGUGACCCACUAAGUUUGCACCCAGGCCUCCCGCCGGAUCACCCGGCCUUGCGCAGCGUCCACGACAUCCCCGAGGGACACGCGCUCCGGGACGAGCUCUCGCGGAGGAACGCCAUGCUGGUGCUCCGUCACAACACCACCCCUUUGCUGUCGCUAAACCAUCACGGGGUCCCCGGCGCCUCCACCACCCCACCCAAGGAGCAGCCGGGGAGCCGGCGGGGCAGCCGGAAGUCAGCGCACCACCGUGCUGAGACGCCCGGCCAGAGCGAAUCCAAAGAGCUGUUGGAAAGCCGGCCUCCCGACGGCAACGCCGACGAAGAGAUGAAGGACUCGGAGAGUGACGCGGAGGUGAACGACGAGAAGUCAGAUCGCCUGAAGCCUGAAAACCGCGGGUCGGCCAGUGACCUGAAGGAGUGCAAAGAGUCGGCCAAGAUCUGUGAUGCCACCAAAGAACUGAAUGAAAUGGUGGCCAGCCAGAGCGCCCCCUGCAGCUCUUCCAGCGCCGAGUCACCCAGCCACCUGCUCGGCCCGGUCAUCAACAAAACUGAGACCAAAUACCUCCCUCCAGCCUCCAUCCCACCUCCUCAGCCUCUGCCCUUUGGGUUCCCGUACACCAUGAGCCCCUACUUCCAUGCCGGCACGAUGGGAGGGCUCUUUCUGGAUGGGGAGGAGAGCCCGGCAUUGGAGGACGUCAGCAAAUGGACGGUGGAAGACGUCUGCAGCUUUGUGCGGGGCUUGUCCGGCUGUGCCGAGUACACGCAGGCCUUCCGAGAGCAGGCCAUCGAUGGCGAGACCCUGCCCCUUUUGACCGAAGAGCACUUACUGAAUAACAUGGGGCUCAAACUGGGACCCGCACUGAAGAUAAGGUCACAGGUAGCCAAGAGGGUCGGUCGGGUGUUGUACAUGGCCAGCUUCCCUAUGGCUUUUCCACUGCAGCCCCCAGGCCUGCGACCCACAGACCGAGACCUGCCUCCUGCCGAACUCCGCCCGUCGUCCACCGGGAGCGUCGCCUCCUCUCCUUACAGCAGCGCUCUCCUUCCCCCUAGCCGGAUCUCUCCAAAGCAGGAAAACGGAAACCCCUUGUUGGCUGGUCUCAGUGACGCAGCGAAGCCUCCUUCUUAACUGCCCAGCCGCCUGCCCCCCCUGCCCCACGGCAGCCUGGCCCUCUUGCCUGCUACUCAGCCCUCCGGCUCUCCUGGGGCCGAGGCCCUCCGAAGAAGUCUCGAGGUGGGUCCUUGGACAAGAAACACAUCCAAAUUUGGGAUGAUCCCGAUGAGGCGAGGGGGGAGAACUAAUCCAAAGAUCUCUUGGAAGCAAUUCACAAAGGACACAUGGUGGUUUUUGCCUGGGGGGGAAAGGGGCAAAUUAACUUUCCGGUUCCCUUCUUUUGGCCUGUAUGGAAAAAGCAGCUCUGGAGAACUUCUAGGGAGAGACUCAAACCCGUUUGCCACCUUCUCUCCCCCCCCCCUUACCUAGUCCUGCAAACCUGCGGGGACACCCCUCCUCAGUCUGAAACGCGUCCCCUCGCAGGAACCCAUACCCUAUUCCUCUUCCAGGAUGUCUAUGCAUCGCUAACAACUUUUGAAACAAUACCAAAGACAGACGGACUGACCCGGCGCCCCAGUUCCAGUCCAUGUUUACUUCAUGCUUGGGAUGGUACGGCACAGCUCACUCGGGGGGGGGGGCGGUUUCAGUUUUUUUCUUUUUUUGCUCUUGUUUUCGUUUGUUUUGAUGGCGUUUUCAGAGGUUUGCUGCUUAGCCGUUGCAGAGGGACUGGAAGUAAGAGAUCCCGCCCUCCCCGAGUCCUGCCUGGACUUGUUUUGUGAAAGAGGAAGACGAAGAAAAUAUAUAUAUUAAUAAUAAUAUUGUGUUUAGGGAGAAAGGGGAGUGUGGAAGAUGCUGGGGGAAGAGAGAGAGAGGAUGGCAUAUCCCCCCUCCCCAAACUGUGUGUAUACAGAAGAUGUGUCCCACUUUUAUUCUGUUUUUGUGUGUAGGGAGUGUGUGUGCGUGCGCGUGUGUGUGGGUCUUGUGGAGGGGGAGAGGAAUGGGAGCGCGCUUUGUUGCAGAAGAUAUGGAGUUGCACAUUUUACCUGGACCAGGUAACAGGUACCUGAGCGAGCCCAGCUGCCAGCCAACCCUGCUGCCUCCCACCGACACCCCCCCCCCGGUCCAACCUCGCAAUUUGUACAGUUGUGGAAAAAAACAAUCAUGUGAGUGAUGCUUGUCUGUCUUCUCUCUCUACUUUCCCGUUCUGUUUAAAAACAGCUGCACGUUCUAUUUGG